UGAGAAUUGGUAAAGUAGAAGGAAAAUGGAUAAAGCUCUCACUAAACUGGGAGGAUUUUGGAUCUCCAAGAAAGCCAAGAAAGAGAUUUCCAAUAUUACGGACGACCUAUCUUCUUUCUCAAAUACUGUUGAAGAGAAGGCAAAACUUUUCAUCAACAAACUUAAAGGUAAAUCCAUGAAAGCUUUACCAGAUCUCCUUCGAGAGUACAACCUUCCUUCCGGUCUGUUUCCCCGCAACAUAACAUGCUAUGAGUUUGAUGAAUCAAAAGGAAAGUUGAUAGUGUACAUGUCCUCCCCCUGUGAGGUGUGCUUCAAGGACUCAUCCAUUAUAAGAUAUGCAAAUCGGGUCAAAGGGACAUUGUCAAAGGGGAAGCUCAUUGUUACAGAUGGAAUGAAGACUAAGGUUUUGGUGUGGGUCAAGGUCACUAGUGUUGCUGUUGAGAGUUACAAGUCUGACAAAUUAUGGUUUACUACUGCUAGUGUGAAGAAAUCAAGGCCCAAAGAUGCCUAUGAAAUGCCUCGUGAAGCUAUUAACGUGGAAGAAUUUUGAGGCACUUUAUAUCCUACUUAUACUGAGUCAUGAUAGUACACUUGGAAAUAUACAUUUGACAUUGUGAACUAUGAUGUUAAAUAGCUCACGUUAUGGAUUUGCAAUAUCAAUAAUAUUA